CGAGCCCCCGUCCCGCUCCCUUCCUGCUACCUGCUGGCCGCUGCCCUUUCCUUCCCGGAAUGGUAUCGUGCGACCUGUAGUCGUCGCCAGCCACCUCGCUCCCUCCUAGACGACACCCAGCUAGUGCUCCCUUCCACACCCAGGAACCAGCCACCUAACCCCGCCCGCCAUGCCGGGCCUCGCCGCCUCCGACAACUCGCCCCCGGCGCCGGCGCCGCCGCCGCGCCGGCUCUCGUCGCCGCUACCCCGUCGCGCGCCGUCGUCCCCGUCGCCGUCCGCCUCCUCGCGCGCCAAGCCUCGGAAGCCCUCGCCCUCUCCCGCGGCCUUCCCCACCGACGCCGACGACUCGCUCGACAACCCGGAUCUGGGGCCCUUCCUCCUCAAGCAGGCGCGCGACGCCAUGGUGUCGAGCGAGGGCGGUGGCGCCGCGCGCGCACUCGAGUUCGCCGAGCGCGCCGCCAUGGCGCUCGAGCGACGCGGCGAGGGCGCCGAGCUCGAGCUCGCCAUGAGCCUCCACGUCGCCGCCGCCAUCCACUGCGGCCUCGGCCGCCACGCUGACGCCAUCCCCGUCCUCGAGCGCGCCGUCGCAGUCGUCACGCCGCCGCCAGAGGCGCCUGCCGACGGCGAGGCCGAAGCCGAGGCCGGUGCAACCGGCGGCGACGACCACCAGCAGCUGCAGCCUGCCGAGCCUGACCAGAGGGGCGAGGAGUGGUCCCUCGCCGCCUUCUCCGGCUGGAUGCAGCUCGGCGACACGCACGCCAUGCUUGGCCGCAUGGACGACUCCAUCGCCUGCUACGGCAAGGGCCUCGAGAUCCAGAUGGCUGCGCUCGGCGAGCGCGAUCCUCGCGUCGCAGAGACCUGCAGGUACCUGGCGGAAGCGCACGUGCAAGCUCUGCAGUUCGACGAGGCAGAGAAGCUGUGUCGCGAAGCCCUCCAGAUCCACCGAGAGCACAGCGCUCCGGCAUCCCUCGAGGAGGCCUCGGACCGCCGCCUGAUGGCCCUCGUCCUGGACGCCAAGGGUGACUACGACGGCGCCCUUGAGCACCUCGUGCUUGCCUCCAUGACCAUGGUUGCCAAUGGCCGUGACAUUGAGGUUGCCACCAUUGACGUCGCCAUAGGCAACACGUACCUCGCCCUCGCCCGCUUCGACGAGGCCGUCUUCUCCUACCAGAAGGCACUGACUGUUCUCAAAUCGGCCCGUGGCGACGACCAUCCGACGGUUGCGUCGGUCUACGUCCGCCUUGCUGACCUUUACCACCGGACAGGCAGGCUCCGUGAGUCUAAAUCCUACUGCGAGAACGCCCUGCGUGUCUAUGCCAAGCCCGCGCCAGGUGCUGCCCCUGAUGAGAUCGCUGGAGGCUUAAUGGAGAUUGCUGCCAUCUAUGAGGCGCUUGGCGAUCUCGAUGAGGCCCUGAAGCUUCUUCAGAGGGCACUCAGGUUGCUCGAGGGCUCACCGGGGCAGUGGAGCACUGUUGCCGGUAUUGAGGCACAGAUGGGUGUUCUGUACUACAUGGUUGGGAGGUAUGCAGAUUCGAGGAACUCGUUCGAGAGUGCGGUUGCAAAGUUGAGGGCCAUUGGUGAGAGGAAGUCGGCAUUUUUCGGCGUUCUGUUGAACCAGAUGGGGCUAGCUUGCGUGCAGCUGUUCAAGAUAGACGAGGCUGCACAGUUGUUUGAAGAGGCAAGGGCGGUUCUGGAGCAGGAGUGUGGCGCUUCUCAUCCUGAUACUCUUGGUGUGUACAGCAACCUUGCUGCAAUCUAUGAUGCUAUGGGAAGAGUGGAGGAUGCAAUCGAGAUCCUGGAGCAUGUGCUGAAGGUGAGGGAAGAGAAGCUUGGCACGGCGAACCCAGACGUGGAUGACGAGAAGAAGCGGCUGGCGGAGCUCCUGAAAGAGGCGGGGCGGUCUCGGAACCGGAAGCAGAAGUCGCUGCAGAACCUGUUCGGGACCAACUCGCAGCGGGCGAAGAAGGAAGCCGGGAGGAGGUGGUCCAACUUUGGGUUCAGAAGCUGAGGAAGCUGCACUGUUGGUCGUCGUCGUCGUCGGGCGGUUGUGGCCUUUGUAACAUAAAGGAGGGAUGGGAAAGGAAAAAAAAGCACGUGUAAAGAUGUUGCUGUAGGUUAUUAUUAUUAGGAAUGUGAUGGUGGUGUUGGUUUGCUGUUUGUGUAUGUGUGGCACUGCAUUACUGUGUUACUUGUCUUGGGUUAUAUUUUCAGUAGCGAUUAUUGUUAACUGGGUGCUGUUAUACCUUGAGAAGAGAACAUUGGUUUUGUCGUGGAGGAAUGGUGUUGACUGGUGGGUGAUGAGAAUU